GACCCAAUAUUUUUCUCUAAGUGAGGGAGAGGAGACACAAUCAAGCAGAAAGAAUCAAGCAGAAGAAAAUCUCAAGGAUACUACAAAACAUACAACUGAGCUAGUUUCCACAGAUGUUUCGAAGACACAGCCUCUUACACAGCCUCUUACACAGCCUCUUACUCAGCAAACACAGCACCUUCAGACAAGUGAGGGAGAGCAAUCCGAUGAGACACCAUCAGAGCAGAAUCAAGCAGAAGAAAAUCUCAAGGAUACUACAGAACCUACUACUGAGCUAGUUUCCACAGAGCCUACUACUGAACCUACUACUAAGCAUGUUUCGAAGAUACCGCCUAUUACUCAGAAAACAGAGCAUCUUCAGACAAGUGCUAUAGAUUUUUCAGAAACAAACGAGGUAUGCAUCGAGUAUAUUUGAUCUUUAAUUAUUAUUCUAACAAUUUGAAACCGCUGAUGUUACUGAAUCUUCAUUUUUCAUAGGUUGAAGUAAGCAUGCUUCUAGCUCACUUUCAAAUAGGCGCAGAGGUUGAGAUUUUGUCUACUGAUGACGAAAUAUGGUAUCCAGGAAAGGUUGUUGAUCUUAAACUGUGUGAAGGACUAGAGGAGCUGACAGUUGAGUACACGACACUCUUCGCAGACCAACAUAGACUUCAGAAACUUCAGGAUACUAUCACGGCUGACAAAAUACGUCCUGCAACACCAACUAGUGACCAAAAAUCCUUUGAGAUGAUGGAUAAGGUAGAAGUCUUUUACAACAAUGGCUGGAGCAGCGGACAAAUUAGCAUGGUACUUGGUGAUAACACAUACUCGGUGUGUCUCUAUACUUCUAUGGAAACUAUUCUAUUCAAACAUUCAGAUUUGCGAAUUCAUAGAGAAUGGAAAGAUGGAGUCUGGAAGAUGGCAGAUAAGGUGAAGCCUGAUAAGAAAAGGAAAGCUGCUGCCUCAUCACAAAAUUCAGGAAUGGAUAAUGUUUUCCUAAGAAGGAGCGAGAGGGUGCCUAAACGAUCUAGAGACACAAAAACUCCAUUCAAGUCUGACAGAAAUCCGGCUUUAACUGUAAUACCUGAGAUUAUACCUGCAGUUGAUCCGUUUUCAACUCCUGCGGAACAUAAGCUUUCAAGGCUUCAAAAUUGGAUGACAUUAAAGUCCGGCAUGCAUGAAACGUCCCUAUCAAUCAAUGAUAAUAAGAUAAGGAAAUCUUUCUUUCAAAGCAUGGAAAAUGCAAAAAAGGACCUUAAGAAAGAGCACAUUGAUGGAGCCUUUGCAAUGCUAAAUUGCAGAAGAAAUGAGAAUGUUGCUUGGUUCCACAACUACAAGAUUCCAAAGGUGUGCUUCCUACCUAUGGAGUUCUUGCAUUGCUUGCUCUCUCAUGAUUUGGCUUACAAGAAAGAAAAGGUCAAAGGUAAAAAGAUUUUCAACGAUUUAUUUAAAGAUAUUGUAAGAGGGAAGGUAUAUCCAGAGAAGACAUGGGGAGAAGAUGUUGAUGUUGUGUAUGGGAUUACUCUUGGAAAAAAAAACAAUGUCUGGAUUGGGAUGGAAAUUCAUUUGAAGAAGAAAAGAAUCACAGUAUAUGAUUGUUUUCAAAAGGAAAGCAACAUCAUUGAUAUUCCUCAAGUGAAAAAGUUGGCAGUGUUGAUUUCUGAUCUGCUGGUGGAAUCUUCUGGUGAUGAGGUAGAUAAAGUGAAGAUGAUUCCAUUUGAGGUUGAGCAGGCACAAGGUUUACCCAAGACAAAACAUCCUUUCAACUGUGGGAUAUUUCUUGUCAAGAUUCUAGAGUGCCAGUCAUUGAAGAUAGGAGACAUGACAAAGAUUAAUGAUGACAAUGCAUUGGAGCUAAGGAGAACCUUGUCUUGUGAGAUCUUCAACCAAUUUGUGGAUGAGAGCUUUGGGAAAUGAGAAUGAUGCAUCAAAACAUUUUUUGUUUUAGUUAAGACUCGGUUUUAGUUAUGACUGUUUAUUUUGUUAUGUUGUUGGCGUCUGGUUACAUAAGAAAGAUUGGAAGGAUAUCAAGUAUUUUUUUUGGGUAUCA